AUGUAUCAUGAAGCCAGUGCCUGCUAUCUGGGCAACAGUCACAAUGCAUUUACUCGCCAUCAGUUUGAUGCAUCACACCGAGCCACAGAAUGGCUACUGUGCGACACAGGCAGCGUACAUAUCACAAACGCCAUGUUGUCACACAACAAGAUCAAGCAAAUCAUUUUACAUUUUCGCUGUAUGGGCCACCCUGAAGAAGCCAUUUACCCCUCUGCAGACAUCAAGUUAUUGGCUGUGCAAGAAAUUAUUGACCGUGAAGCUCUAGAAAAGUUCUGUGCAGAAUUGAAUCAGCCAAUGCUGCCAAAUGUUCGUAAGUGGAAAAGUCCUAGAGGAUGUUGGAAGUGUGCUGUAUCCGAGAAACCAUCUGUACAGAAUCAUAAGAGUGCAGAGUAUGCGGGUUAUCUUUGGGACAGCAGUGCUGGAGUCGAACUGAAAACUACCUUCCUUCUGGAGAAUGCACAAACCAAUGGGAAUGGGAAACCCUGUGUCUCCAAGCCUUAUGUUGCAUGUUUCAAGUUUGGAACAAUGAAUGUUACCCUGGUAAAUAUCCACCUGAAAGGAGCAGUCCCUACGGAAGAGAAAACUCCCAGUGAAAGCCAUCCAAUGUCUCUGUUUACAGACACUCUCCAGGAGACCCUGAAAGGUGAAAAGGACAUUGUUAUUUUGGGGGACUUCAAUCUGUCACCUGAUGUGAAUGAUUUUGACCUCCUACGAAAGGAAAGAUUCCUUCACUGUGUUCCAGCAAAUACUUACACAAACAUUAGCACUAAGAACCCCCAGGGUUCAAAAUCUACAGACAACAUCUGGAUCAGUCGCUCACUCAAGAAAACAUAUUCAGGUCAUUGGGCUGUUAUUAGGGAAGGUCUCACCAACCCCUGGAUUCCUGACUGUUGGUCAUGGGGAGGAGUUGCGUCUGACCAUUGUCCAUUAUGGGCAGAAUUCUGCAUAGACAAAGACUUAAACAGGAAAGUGCCAUUUGGAAACGGCAGUGCAGUAACUGUUGAUCAAGCCGAUGGGAGCACGAAGGAUGAGCGGUGACACGCAAAGACUGUAUGCCAUGUUGUUAUUGGACAUUUAUCACAGAAGUUAUUUGUCAAUGAAACCAGUGAGUGACUGAAUGUGAAAGAAUCUAAUCUGCCUUUUAACGAAUAACUUUCAGUUGUGAUGUGAUUUAUUUCUACUGCAAAUAAGUAUGUUAUAGAGAAACAUAGUCAAUUGUUCUUUUUUGGUGGGGAACUGGAGUAAGAAGAGACUUUUAAAUUGAAGAAAAGAUACUUUAUGCCAAAUGAAGUGGCAGUUUAACAUAAUGUUAUUAAUAUACCCUAUUUUGAAAAAGAGAAUGGCAUUAAGUUUAGUUUCUUCCUUCUGUCUUUCCAGUUCAAAAACUGUCAAGGUACUGCACUAUUCAAUUCAAUACCACUGAUGUAGCUUGAAUUCAGAAGCUAAACACAAAAAAUCUACAGCUGCUGCUGGCAUUUUGUGCUUUGGGUAACACAUGAUAUAAAAGGUUAAAUUUGUACAUAAACCUUCCCAAAAUAGUAAAACAAAAGAUUUUAUUUUGUGAUUAUUGCACAGAACUUUAGAAUAUAUUUGUUCCUAUUCUGAUAUUAGCAAUACAAAAAGAUUUAAAAAAAAGAAUCUAUUUGUACUGAUCUUGUACUGGUACAGUACUUUAUGGAGAGUGAAAAUGUUUGGUACGCUAAGAUUGCAUCUAUUGCACAUUAGUAACAUACUGCUGGGGUAAUUCAUAAUUUGCCUGAACCCAGGGAGUUUUAAGGGAUGAGUCUGCAUUCUGCAGCAAAAUGGUGCUAGCACAGUGUAGCUAGAUCUACAGUCCAACACUUGAGCAUUGACUGUCUCCUGUGAGCCUGUGACUAGAAUACCAAAAUGGUACCAUUUAUGACUAUUACUAUUAUUACAACUUGUAAUAUGAAAUUGUAUGUUACUCUAAAAAUGCACCUUUGAUUUAAAAAGCUAAUAAACUUAACCAAUGUGAGUAAAU